AUGCAUUCAUUGUCGUACAUUCUCUGCUUGCUGGCAAGCCUCAUUUCUGUUCUCGCUGCUCCCCAGGUGAAUACACAAACUUGCCAAGACGAGGGCAUCGUCACUCAAGAGAACUUCAAAGUUUCAUCGAAUAUUUAUGCCGCAAGUACAGGAAAAGGAUAUCAAUGCUCGCAAAUAAACUCCGAUACUGGCAGCGCACUUGCAUGGAGUACCACCUGGGCAUGGCAAAAUAUCGCUUCUGACAACCAAGCUUGGAAUUGGAUCAAGAGCUAUGCUUACGCUUAUGAUUCUUCUGCGCCUGCAUGCAAAUUGGCCACACCGUUGAGCCAAAUGAGUGGCAGUAUCCGAUCGCAGUGGUCAUGGAGCUACUCUGGAGAAGACGUGAUAGGAGAUGUUGCUUACGAUGCCUUCCUCGGCGAAGGCUGCUCCGGAACCACCGGCCAACACAGCUACGAAGUGAUGAUUUGGCUCGCUGCAUUGGGAUCUCUGGGUCCGAUUGGGAGCAGCGAUGAUGGUGGCUCAGCCUUUGGUUUUGCCCCCCGAAACGUGAAAAUUAGCAACUACGAUUGGGUGCUGUACUAUGGCAUGAAUGAUGGAACGAAUACCCCGGUGUAUAGCUUCAUUCCACCCGCGGGCACGCAGUACAACAGCUUUGGCGGCGACCUCAUGCCUUUUUUUACAUAUUUGAAAGGCAUCAAUGGAGCUCUUUCGUCUCUGUUUCUGCAAAGCAUACAGGCAGGGACGGAGGCAGUGAAUGCAACAGGGCCGGCUGUAUUUACGACCUUGUCAUAUUCCAUCGGUUGA